AAUGUACGUAGGAGGUCUCUGUUCAAUGGCGAUUACUGACAGAAUUUGUCCCAUCAUCUCCUCAGUUUCGACGAGAGCUUACAAUCUCGACUUUUUCUACCGGAAUUGAAUCCAACGAUCGACCUCUGUCGCGUAUGGUCCAAAACUCAGAGGAAAGGUGAAGGCGACCGUGAAUCCUUAUUCAUUCAGCGAGGUGGCGCAGCCAGAAGUGCGGAAGAGUUUAAAUGAUUUUUUUGUGGAAGCUGGAGACUUUUUAAGUACAGAUGGAGGUCCGCCACGGUGGUUCUCUCCGUUAGAAUGUGGGGCAAGAGCUCCAGGAUCUCCUCUCCUUCUCUAUGUACCGGGGAUCGAUGGUACUGGAUUAGGGCUCAUUCGCCACCACAGAAGGCUUGGAGAGAUAUUUGACAUAUGGUGCCUUCAUUUUCCAGUCAGUGAUCGUACCCCUUCUCGAGACAUUGUUAAGCUCAUUGAGAGGACAGUUAGAUAUCAUCGUUUCCCAAAUUGGCCCAUAUAUAUCGUUGGAGAAUCUAUUGGAGCUUGCCUUGCUCUAGAUGUUGCUGCGAGCAACCCUGACAUCAAUCUUGUCUUGAUUCUUGCUAAUCCAGUCACACGUUUAAACAACUUCAUUUUGCAACCUUUAUCCGGUCUACUGGAAUUCUUGCCUGACCAAGUUACCAUCUUGAUAGAGGAAAACUUUGGGUUUAAGCUUGGUUACCCGUUGGCGACAAUCUUAGAGACUAUCCUGAAUGGAGCUGAUGUUGCGCAGAUUGGCAGAGGGAUCUUUGGAGACUUCUUUGCAACUUCAGCUAAUCUAUCUACGUUAAUUAGGAUCUUGCCUAAGGGCACACUUCUAUGGAAGCUUCACCUGCUUAAGUCUGCUUCAGCAUCUCUUAAUUCUCAUAUGUACACAGUCAAAGCCCAAACACUGAUACUUCUGAGUGGACGCGAUCAGUGGUUACUUAACAAGGAAGAAAUUGAAAGACUUCUUUGUACAUUGCCGAAAUGUGAAGUCCGUAAGUUUAAGAAUAAUGGACAGUUCCUCUUCUUGGAGGAUGGAGUAGAUCUCGUGACUAUCAUCAAGUUUGCCUAUUUUUAUCGCCGUGGAAAGACACUUGAUUACAUUUCCGAUUACAUUAUGCCCACUCCGUUUGAGUUCAAAGAGUUUGAAGAAUCACAAAAAUUAGUAACCGCUGCGAUUUCUCCAGCAUUUUUCUCAACUCUAGAAAACGGCACUAUAGUAAGAUCACUUGCAGGAAUACCUUCAGAGGGCCCGGUUAUUUAUGUUGGGAAUCACAUGUUGCUUGGUAUCGAAUUGCUUCAGUUAGCAAUUCAUCUCUUGAAAGAAAAGAACAUUAUGUUGCGUGGACUGGCCCAUCCCAUGAUGUUUAGCAAAACAGUAGGCUCAAAACUCCCUGAUAUGCAGAUGUUCGACUCGGUUAGGAUAGGUGGGGCGGUCCCUGUCUCUAGUCUCAAUUUCAACAAACUACUUCGUUCGAAAGCUCAUGUGCUUUUGUAUCCUGGAGGUGUCCGUGAAGCUUUGCACAGAAAGGGUGAAGAAUACAAGUUGUUUUGGCCACAACACUCAGAGUUUGCAAGGAUCGCAUCUAAAUUUGGAGCAAAAAUCAUUCCUUUUGGCGUUGUUGGAGAAGAUGAUCUCUGUCAAAUGGUUUUGGAUUACAAUGAUCAAAUGAAGAUCCCUUUCAUAAAGAAUUUCAUACAAGAGAUAACACAGGACGCUACCAAAUUGAGGAACGGUGAAGAAGGUGAAUUGGGGAAUCAAGAUUUGCAUGUGCCUGGAAUAAUUCCCAAGAUCCCUGGACGUUUGUACGUGCAUUUCGGAAAACCAAUAGAAACAGAAGGCAAACGGAAUGAGCUAAAUGAUAAAGAGAAAGCUCACGAUGUUUACUUGCAGGUCAAGUCUGAAGUAGAAAGAUGUAUGACCUAUCUGAAGAUGCAAAGAGAAAGUGAUCCUUACAGAAACUUAUUUCCGAGGUUUCUCUAUUUCGUCUCACAUGGUUUCUCUUCUCAGAUUCCAACCUUUGACCUCUAUCAAGCUUUUGAAAGCUACGGUGGAGAAGAUGAGUCUAAGACGAGUCAAAGAGGAAAAGUUUGUUACGAAGCGUUAAUCUCCCUCGUGAAUUAAUUACGUACAAUAUUGUAUCUCUCAGGGUUAACUAUCUACAUCCCACAAGAAGUA